CACAUCCAUUAUUGAUGGCAGAGAGGCGCUGCUCGGUCCUUGGGAAUCUUCUUUCCUCUGGAUGCUGGUUUCACAGCAGGGCUGCUGCGCUCAGCGUCGGCUCGGACCCUGCUGCGUGGACAGGGGCAGUCGCAGCAGAUCCAGGAUGCUGUGACCCGCUCACCUGGGUGGAGGUGACCAUGCUAAAGAGAGAGAUGAAGCCAGACAGUGACAGGCCACGGAGGGUGCGGUUUCGGGUGGCCUCGUCGCACAGCGGGCGGGUGCUGAAGGAAGUGUACGAGGACGGGCAGCCGCCCGGCUCCCUGGAUUCCGAAUGUGCCAGUACCUGCGGGGUGGAUGGACUCAGUGAUUCCGACGGCCCGCAGAACGGCCACCUGGGCUGGGAAGGCGACGGACCCGAGCAUGACCAGGACAAGCUGCUAGUGUUAGCCAGGGCUGCCAGUGAGAAAGUUUUUGGGACAAGGAGAGUCAACAUUUUAAGCAAAAAUGGCACCGUCAGAGGCGUGAAGUACAAAGUGAGCGCUGGGCAGGCUCUGUUUAACAACCUGAGCACAGUGUUGCAGCCGCCGUGCGCAGACCUGGAAUUUGACCGCGUGGUGAUUUACACCACCUGCCUCCGUGUGGUCCGCACGACCUUUGAAAGGUGCGAACUGGUCAGGAAGAUCUUCCAGAACCACCGGGUAAAAUUCGAAGAGAAAAACAUAGCCCUGAACGGCGAGUACGGCAAGGAGCUGGACGAGCGCUGUCGCCGGGCGCGCGAGGCCCCUUCCCUCCCCGUCGUGUUCAUCGAUGGCCACUACCUCGGGAAACUUCCGCCUGCGCUGUCCACGCAUCUGAGAUGGAAGGAUGCCCUCUGCUGGGUUUCCCACGUGGUGAAACGUACUUUCAGGGAGGAAGAGAAGCUGAUGUUGAUUCGAAGAAUGAAUAGAAUGAAUAGAACGAAGCAAACCAUCUGUCUCUCAACAAGCCUCGAAACGCUGAAGUGAGGGGCUCAUCGUGGGCUUCCUCUUCGGGUGUCGUCUAGGGCAGAAAAUCAGCAGCGUUUCGUGGUCUCCGGGGGCCGACGUUCCUCCGUCCGUUCUGACUUUCAGCACCUUCCUCUGACUCACGCUGCCCACCGGAGGCACCGAGGAGGCUGGAUUAGAAUUCGUGGCUUUCAGAUUGAUCUGAGCGGUGCCCUGGAGGUUCCUUCGACUUUUCCUCGGGGGGUACCUGCUGGGUACUAUGAGUGGGAGGGAUUUCAAGCUCUCUCUCCUCUGAAUGCCAAACUAUCCUCUCCACUUCAUUGUAUUCCACGUAUGGUUUCCCUUGAAAGAUUUAAAAUAAACAAAAAAAGUU